AUGCUAAACCCAAACGAAGAAGAAGUGAACACAGAAGAAAUCUCGAUGGCCACAACUUUGGAUUUAAAACCACCACCUCCGUUUGAUGCAGAGGGUGAUAAUUCCUCGCUAGCCCAACGCUGGAAAGAAUGGCGAGAACGUUUUAAUAUGUAUACAGUAGCUGCCAACAUCAAGGAUGAUGCACAAAAACGCGCAGUGUUAUUGUAUGUAGCUGGCCCGUCGGUUCAUAAAAUAUUCAAAACACUACAAGACACCGGGACAGAUAUCAAAACAGCUCUAGAGAAGCUCGACGAAUAUUUUCAGCCACAAAAGAACGUAAUAUAUGAACGCUAUGUGUUUAAACAGACACAUCCAACGCCUGGAGAAUCGGUAGACAGCUACAUAACUCGUCUACGUACACUAGCCGAAACGUGUGAAUUCGAAAGCGCCGAGAAUGAAAUACGCGAUCAGUUUGUUAUGACAUGCUCGUCUCAUGGAUUUCGUACGAAGCUUUUACGCGAGACAGAUCUGACAUUGGCUAAGCUUAUCACCAUGGCGCGAGCGAAGGAAUUAGCAGAAAAACAAGCGUCGAAUAUCUCGGGACACAAUAACUCUCGGAACAAUGUUAAUCGUGUAAAAGACGAGGGAAAUGACGAAGCUAGAGACAAGGUAAGACAUGCUAAAUAUGUACCAAAACCACACAAACAAAAUCAAUGUCGAAAUUGUGGAAAUGAAUUUAAACAAAAACAUAAAGAUGUCUGUCCUGCGAAGGGCAAAACCUGUAGAGCUUGUGGAAAGCUCAAUCAUUUCGCUAGAGUUUGUCGAAGUCGAAAAAAUCCCCCGAAAGAUAGUAAGAAAGAUUCGAGAGAGUCUGUUAGAGUUGCACUACAACAAACCCAAAAACAAAGCCCUCCUAAUUCGUCCGACGAUGA